CCGGGGGACGAACAGGUGCGCGGGCGGGGGGCGGUGCUUGGGGAUCCUGCGCACUGCGCGCGCCCCUCCCCCGCGCGGCUCCGGGCGCAGCCCCGGCCCGGCGCGAGUAGGAGGAGGAGCUGCGGCGGCCACGGCCACUCCGGCAGGUCCGCGGUGCUGCCAGAACCCGCCGACGGCGCGGGCUGCUGGUCCCCGCUCGGAGGAGGCGCAGGGGGCCCCGGGACCAUGGAGCCGGGUGACGCGGCGCGCCCUGGCUCGGGUCGGGCUACCGGGGCGCCGCCGCCGCGGCUGCUGCUGCUGCCGCUGCUUCCGCUGCUGCUGGGUCGGGGGCUGCGAGUCGCGGCCGCGGCCUCGGCCUCCUCCUCUGGGGCGGCGGCCGAGGACAGCAGCGCCAUGGAGGAGCUCGCUACUGAGAAGGAGGCGGAGGAGAGCCACCGGCAAGACAGCGUGAGCCUGCUCACCUUCAUCCUGCUGCUCACGCUCACCAUCCUCACCAUCUGGCUCUUUAAGCACCGCCGGGUGCGCUUUCUGCACGAGACCGGGCUGGCCAUGAUCUAUGGGCUCAUCGUUGGGGUGAUCCUGAGGUAUGGUACUCCUGCUACCAGUGGCCGUGACAAAUCACUCAGCUGCACUCAGGAAGACAGGGCCUUCAGUACCUUAUUAGUGAAUGUCAGCGGAAAGUUCUUCGAAUACACUCUGAAAGGAGAAAUCAGCCCUGGCAAGAUCAACAGCGUAGAACAGAAUGAUAUGCUACGGAAGGUAACAUUCGAUCCAGAAGUAUUUUUCAACAUUCUUCUGCCUCCAAUUAUUUUUCAUGCUGGAUACAGCUUAAAGAAGAGACACUUUUUCAGAAAUCUCGGGUCUAUACUGGCCUAUGCCUUCUUGGGGACUGCUGUUUCAUGCUUCAUUAUUGGAAAUCUCAUGUAUGGUGUGGUGAAGCUCAUGAAGAUUAUGGGACAGCUCUCAGAUAAAUUUUACUACACAGAUUGUCUCUUUUUUGGAGCAAUCAUCUCUGCCACUGACCCAGUGACUGUGCUGGCAAUAUUUAAUGAAUUGCAUGCAGACGUGGAUCUUUACGCACUUCUUUUUGGAGAGAGCGUCCUGAAUGAUGCUGUUGCCAUUGUACUGUCCUCGUCUAUUGUUGCCUACCAGCCAGCGGGACUGAACACUCACGCCUUUGAUGCUGCUGCCUUUUUUAAGUCAGUUGGCAUUUUUCUAGGUAUAUUUAGUGGCUCUUUUACUAUGGGAGCUGUGACUGGUGUUAAUGCCAACGUGACUAAGUUUACCAAACUGCACUGCUUCCCCCUGCUGGAGACGGCACUGUUCUUCCUCAUGUCCUGGAGCACGUUUCUCUUGGCAGAAGCCUGCGGAUUUACAGGUGUUGUAGCUGUCCUGUUCUGUGGAAUCACACAAGCUCAUUACACCUACAACAAUCUGUCGGUGGAAUCAAGAAGUCGAACCAAGCAGCUCUUCGAGGUGUUACAUUUCCUGGCAGAGAACUUCAUCUUCUCCUACAUGGGCCUGGCACUGUUUACCUUCCAGAAGCACGUUUUCAGCCCCAUUUUCAUCAUUGGAGCUUUUGUUGCCAUCUUCCUGGGCAGAGCCGCGCACAUCUACCCGCUCUCCUUCUUCCUCAACUUGGGCAGAAGGCAUAAGAUUGGCUGGAAUUUUCAACACAUGAUGAUGUUUUCAGGCCUCAGGGGAGCAAUGGCAUUUGCGUUGGCCAUCCGUGACACGGCAUCCUAUGCUCGCCAGAUGAUGUUCACGACCACCCUUCUCAUUGUGUUCUUCACCGUCUGGAUCAUUGGAGGAGGCACGACACCCAUGUUAUCAUGGCUUAACAUCAGAGUUGGCGUCGAGGAGCCCUCCGAAGAGGACCAGAACGAACACCACUGGCAGUACUUCAGAGUUGGUGUUGACCCCGAUCAAGACCCACCACCCAACAAUGACAGCUUUCAAGUCUUACAAGGGGACGGCCCAGAUUCUGCCAGAGGAAACCGGACAAAACAGGAGAGCGCAUGGAUAUUCAGGCUGUGGUACAGCUUUGAUCACAAUUACCUGAAGCCCAUCCUCACACACAGCGGCCCCCCACUAACCACCACGCUCCCCGCCUGGUGUGGCUUGCUAGCUCGAUGUCUGACCAGUCCCCAGGUGUACGAUAACCAAGAGCCACUGAGAGAGGAAGACUCUGAUUUCAUCCUGACCGAAGGCGACCUGACAUUGACCUACGGGGACAGCACAGUGACUGCAAAUGGCUCCUCAAGUUCGCACACCGCCUCCAUGAGUCUGGAGGGCAGCCGGAGAACGAAGAGCAGUUCGGAGGAAGUGCUGGAGCGAGACCUGGGAAUGGGAGACCAGAAGGUUUCGAGCCGGGGCACCCGCCUAGUGUUUCCUCUGGAAGAUAAUGCUUGACUUUCCCCCCACGUCCUGGCGCGAUGGGGUAGGCUCCCGAUGGGGUGAGGACAGCUGCAAGCCCUAGUGUUGUUUGAGGUGGGGCAGUGACUAGAUUGAACUAACUCUUCUAUUUUAUUGGGGUCUGAAGCUAUCGUAACACUUAAAAUUUAACUCACAAUGCAGAUGGUGAGGCAAAAGUGUCUCUAAAUUCAGACAAACGUAGACCUAUUCCCACUUUUUUCACAUAGUAGUGCGCUGUUUCAGAGUUAAACAAAAAAAUAGCAUGCUUUAAUGGUCUCCUAAUUCAUUCACCUGCAGUAUCUGAACAAGGCGAGGCAGGUGCUGGGCGGGGGGAUUCCUCCCAUGAGAGGCUGCAUCUCAGUACACAGCAGUGCAAGUCAAGCUGACCAUAGAAAUAUCAAGUUAAAGAGAAGGAAGGCAAUUGAGAUCGGAACGCCAAGGAUUAUGGGAAACUGGUGUUAAAUGGGACAGAAAACAUGAAAAAGCAAUUUGGAGGCUCUGGCAACGAAGGCUGCUUGACUGCAACCUCAUAUCAGGAUUCCUGACUUUAUGCUGCCUGUGUUUUUUCUAGACUGAAGAUUUGAAAAUACAUCCAUGAACAUUUCAACAUGGAACGAAGAAUUAUAGUUCCUUCUCUGGCUAUAUCCAUAAAGAAGUAGUUAUGAAAUGUUUAAAACCAAAGGCAAAUAGUGUUAUACUCUUAUUUUUUAAUUAAUCUGAGGAAAGGAGGUAUUUAGAAACUGAUGAUGGUAUCACUGCAAAAAGCACCCAACUUUUUUUUUUGAGAUGGAGUUUCACUCUGUCGCCCAGGCUGGAGUGCAGUGGCGUGGUCUUGGCUCACUGCAACCUCUGCCUCAUGGGUUCAAGUGAUUCUCCUGCCUCAGCCUCCUGAGUAGCUGGUAUUACAGGUGCCCACCACCAUGCCCAGCUAAUUUUUUGUAUUUUUGGUAGAGAUGGGGUUUCACCAUGUUGGCCAGGCUGGUGUCAAACUCCUGACCUCAUGAUCCACCUGCCUUGGCCUCCCAAAGUGCUGGGAUUACAGUUGUAAGCCACUGCACCUGGCCAGCAUUCAACUUUUGAGGGCUACCAUAUGAGCUGACAGCCUAGGGAAAUAAUCACUAGGACUGAAGUAUCUACUCUGGGUUUAGAAAUAACACCAAAUUUUGUAAGAUGCUAUUAUCUGGGAAAAAGAAGGCAGCAAGAAACCUACAAGGCACCAGGCUAGAAUUCACAGAGGGAAAGAAAUCUCAAUGCAGAAAAAUUACUGCAAAGAAAUACAAGAUAGUAUUCUCAAGACUGGGUAGAAUUCCAAACUUUGAGCUGACAAAUGCAUGAGAUUUCGGUGGCCACCUGAGGAAUCAGAGGGCAAACAAUGGAACGUUAAGUAUUUUCAGCCCACUAGAAAGUUCUAUCUUCUAUAAGCUUAAGAAUCUGAGUGUCUUUACACCACUGAGUGCCAUGCAGAGAAGGGUCAUUUUCCUUGUAUCUGGGGAGGCUGCUGCACCAGCUUAACCUGUGGGUGUGAUUUGAAAGUUAGGUUUUCAGUUUGGAUUCUUUCUGGAUGAGCUGUUCUGUCUGCCGACACCUGUAGUGCUGAAAUACAGAAAGACCUCUCGGGAAAAGUUUGAGUUUCUCCUAAUGUCUCUGUGCUUCAGUGCUAGCUUAUUUUUGGCAACCCAAUUUCUAAAAAAUGCUUUCAAUAACGUGGGCGUUUUUCUUUUCUUCUUUCUUUUUUUUUUUUUUUUUGAGAUGGAGUCUCGCUGUGUUGCCCAGGCUGGAGUGCAGUGGUGCGAUCUCGGCUCACUGCAACCUCCGCUUCCUGGGUUCAAGCGAUUCUCUUGCCUCAGCCUCCUGAGUAGCUGGGAUUACAGGCACACACCACCACGCCUGGCUAAUUUUUUGUAUUUUUAGUAGAGACGGGGUUUCACCAUACUGGCCCGUUUUUCUUACGAUGGCAGACAAAAUAGUGUCCCAGUCUAGUCCACCCGUAGCGAAAUCAGCCAUUUAAUCUUCUCAAUUCACAUGUUUAAUGCUUAAUUUUUAAAUAAGACAUUGCUUCACAACUUUGUGUUUGAAUUGAUAAUUUGUGCAAAUCAGGAAAAUACGUAUUUAAUUAGGUUGAGCCAUUUGAGUUUGCUGAUAUUUGACCAUUUUGUAAAAACAGGAGUGGCAAUUUCAUAUGGUUCAAUAAAAUAAAAUUGAGACCAGGCACAGUAGCUUAUGCCCGUAAUCCCAACACUUUGGGAGACUGAGGCAGGAGGAUCACUUGAGCUCAGGAGUUCAAGAUCAGACUGGGUAACAUGGCAAAACCCUGUCUCUACAGAAAUACAAAAAUGAGCCAGGCAUGGUGGCACAUGCCUGUAGUUCCAGCUACUUGGGAGGCUGAGGUGGGAGGAUUGCUUGAGCCCAAGAGGCAGAGGUUGCGGUGAGCUGAGAUCAUGCCACUGCAAUCCAGUCUGGGCAACAGAAUGAGACCCUGUAUCAAAAAAAAAAAAAUACAGUUGAAUGAUUUUUAUUCUCCUCUUUCCUUUAUAUCUACAAUAAAGUCCAUUUUGAUUUUAUGGUCAUCCAUGGGCUUUAGAAGUUUGAAAAAUGCUAAACAACCUACCCAAACCCAUAAGGCCUCAGGGUCAACUAGGCUAGUGAAGGACUUAAGAAUAAGACCUACACCCCACAGCCAGAGAAAGAGCUUUCAUAGCCCCUGGAAGGGAGGUUCUUAUAUCCUGGGGUGAGGUUGCAGACAGCAGCUACCAGGCCUGGCAGAGGCCUGUAUUAUAUAUGUGCUGGAGUCCAGAACCAGCACAGGAUUUUUCAUCUAGCAGAAUUAUCUCAGUAAUGACCAGUCAUGCCAUAUAAAUCUAAAAGGCAAGGCUUGUUUUGUUUUCAUUUUUGUUUUUGUUUCGCAGAGAUGGAGAGAUAGGCUGCUUGGCUCUUUGGUUGGGUCUUUAUAAAGCUUUGCUUAUCUUAUAUUGCUUACUUAAUUUUGGAGGGAAAAAACUAACAGAUACACCCUGGUGAUGGUUCUUUGUUCACCUCAAGGCUUUGUUGUUUUGUUGUUGUUGUUGUUGUUUUGUUUUGUUUUGUUUUAGAUGGAGUCUCGCUCUAUCCCCCAGGCUGGAGUGCAGUGGCAUGACCUCAGCUCACUACAAUUUCCACCUCCUGGGUUCAAGCGAUUCUCCUACCUCAGCCUCCCGAGUAGCUGGGAUUACAGGCACAUGCCACCACACCCAGCUAAUUUUUUUGUAUUUUUAGUAGAGACAGAGUUUCACCAUGUUGGGCAGGAUGGUUUUGAUCUGCUGACCUCGUGAUCCACCUGCCUCUGCCUCCCAAAGUGCUGGGAUUACAGGCAUGAGUCACCGCCCCUGGCCAUUAUUUUGUUUUUUUUUUUUUUUAGAAAGCUUUUACAAGAUUACAAGAAAUGACUCUCUUGGGGAGGAAAAAUAACCACCCAGUUUCCCUUCCUAGUCUUAGUUCAAUUCAUAGAGUGUUGUGUUUGUCCCCAAAGGGUCUUGUAGUCUUCAUUGCAAACAUUUGAUUCUGAUCUACUCACAUACAAGGAAAUGUAGAUUGCCAAGACCAAACUAGAGCGGCGGGCUUCCCAUCAGGGUUUUCCUGUGGGAAGAUGACAGGGGAAACAGGGAGGAAAUCCUAAUUAUGGCUUGUCCUCUUCCCUGAAUUCCUGUCUACCACAGUGUAGUUCCAAUGUAAACAAGGUGGGUUGGGGGUGGUUUGUAUAGGGCAGGAGGCCCACCCAGAAGGCCUACCCAGGGAAGAGAGGGCCCAGAACCUAGUUGCAGCAUUUGCCCAGUAACCCUACCCUGGCCUUUCUCUGUGUGUUAGGAAGCUGGAAAUGCAGGCUGGUCUCCCUUUCUUGCCUUUUGUCACUAACCCCGAGCUGUCAGCCAUUUGGAAUCAGAACUGCUUUCCAGUGUUCUAAGUCCUUAUUUGAUUACAAAUAUUUGGUGAAUCAAAGUAAGGCACUUUGGUCCUAAUUUUUGACCUUUGGUCCUAAUUUUUGUUUGUAAGAUGUGGAGAGAAUAACCCUGACCUUACCAGGGGUCCUGGGAAUGUGAAUCCAUUCAUCAAGUGGUUCCACAUCUAGAAGCAUUUUGCCUAUGCUGUGUCAGGCAUCAUUCAACACAAGGCCAACUAUCUGCUGCCAGUCUGGCAUAAGAUCAGAUUGAAACUGCUAAGUAAUGGUACAUCCAACUAAACAAAGUUCUUCCAAGAGAGUAAAAACCCAAGUCAUCUUAUACACGUAUUUGUUCUGGGUUGGUGGGGAUGACAGUUCAGCAGAGUCCGAUGUUCUAGAGCAGAGGUUCUCAACCCUGGCUGUGAAUUAGGAUCAUCUGGCCAGUUUUUGUUUUUAAAUCAGUGCAAGGGCCCUCCCCUCAGAGAUUCAGAUUCAGUAGCUUCAGGUGGGACCUGGAAUCCAUGCUUUGUUUGGAACCUCAGGAGUGUUCUUGAUGUGCAGCCAGGAUUGACAAGAGCCUUUAGUCUAGAGCUCGCAGCAGACCCUAUUUGGAAUCUGAUUUUAAAGAAUGGCCUAGCAGAUGAAGGUGUUUUUUUAAAUUGUUAAUCAUGUGAAACGAACUGAGUAUUGAUCAAUAAUACAGACUGGGCAGCUGUGAGAGAGUUUGAUGCUAAUCUUUGCAGAACUCAAGAACAUACUCCAUAAAGUACAGCUGAAAAGAUCACGAAAACCUUGGAGCCUUCGAGGAAAGAGAAGGGUGACUUGGGGUAUGUAUGAGGAGAAUUAAAAACCUGUCAUCUUGGUUCCCACUUGUGGGGAAUAAAGGGAAGGUAUUGUCUUAACUGAGCUGCUGACUAAUCAAGCAUGAAGGUUUCUGGGAAGCUGUUGUUGUUUUUUUUUUAAUUUCACCUGGAAUUAAACUAACAGUCCCCUCUGGAGUCAGAUUUUCUUUUCCUUCACCUAUCCUCAUGCCUGAGUCCACACUGGAUUCCUCAGAAUAAGGGUUGGCCCUUUUACUGCUGGAGUAAAGUAGAAGGUUGUGGUCCUUUGCUAUCACAUGGUGAUGGUGGUGGUUUCCGUAGCAGGUAAUUAAGGAGAUGCACACUUUUGUAUAGCCCUGACAGAAGAUGAAAGCUGCCAUUCCUUUUAGUACGCUUUUUGAGAACUACCAGAAACCUGAACUUUCUCUCCUAGAGAAGAAAAUUUGGAAUUUAAAUAAGGCCACAUUUCUUCCUAGGAAACAAGCACAGGAAGGGCAUAUGGAUCCGAGCAUCCAGGGUGGUUACUGGGGUGAUCAGACAAAUAAGCAUUGAUGCCUGGAAGGCAGAAAUCACACUGCGACAUCAAAUGUUUCAUCAAGAAAACAGCAAGGAGCUCUUCAGGCUGUGUUCACUAGACCCGAAAAUGUCCUCUGUGGUUUGGCUGACAAAUGGAAUCUCUUUAGAAAACAUGCAAAAGGGUAUCUCAGCUAUCCAUGAACGAUUCGGUCUAGGACAAAGAACUAACAGUUCCUUCCAAAAUAGAGGUCUGUUGGUCUGUUUCACGUCAUCCCGUCAUCCUAUCUCUCCCUGUCCUUGUCUGCAGUGGAAGUUAAUGUAAUCAUACCAGAUGUUUAAUGUGAACAAGUGAUUUCCAAAUGUAGAAACACCACUGAUGCACUUAGGGGGAAAAAUAGUGGCAGGGUGUUAGAGCAUCUCAUCAGAGGUGAAAAUCACCCACUUGGAAACCUACUGUGCACCUGUUGUGAGUUCUAAGAGUGUAUCAGAAAGCUGAUUUUACCAUCUGUUGUGAAAGAUUAUCUGCAAUGAGGGCUGCUAGAAAGUCAGCCUGCUGAUCUCACAAGUAUAUGACUUCUUAUUCCACUUCAAAAGUGGGGAACUUGACAAGUUUCUUGUCUGCCUUUUGAUGUUGAUUCUAUAGAUUAAUUAGUUCAAGAACAAGUCUUUCAUAUACAUUAGACUGGUAUCAUUGAGUUCUGAUCUCUUCUGUUGUUCUUUGACACUCUGGCUUGCCAGUGUCGGCUGCUACAUUCUGAUACAGUAAGUCAAAGGAAUCUAGUGGCCAAGAGUUGUAGUUUAGAAACAACCCAUCUGAAUACUGCUUUUACCACUUUGAUACCUGAAAAGAUCAUCCCCCUUUCUAAAACCUGAAAACAACAUAUAGAGAAAUACUGUAGAAACCAUUGCUAGUGUCUUAACUAGGAAAAGCAAGUAGACUCAUCAACAAUCCUUUCAAAACAAGACCUAGAGAUAAACAAUUUUUUCCAGUUUCAAUUUUCAUAGACAUUUUUAAAAAAUUAAACACAUCUUGUCACCCAGUGCUAGCAAAAAUUGUAAAAAGCAAAACCAAAGUUUUUGAUGUUAGUCUUAUUUUUGUAAGCAGGGUAUACUAUAGUCAUGGCCCAUAUGGAACACACAGGCAACUGGUUUUCUGCUACCUGAGCCUUGGAGAAGAUGAGAAGGAAGGGCUGCCUGCUGUGCUGCCCUUUGAAAAGGUCCAAAGCAGACAUGAGAGCACACAGCAGAAGUCACUUUCUCCUUCUGAUGACCACCUUUCAAAAGGUUUAACAGAAUCACCAAAUGUCACAGUCAACUCUUGGCCAGUGGAAAAUUGUCUGGGCCUGUAUAUGUUGGAGGAACUCAGAUAGAAAAGGACUUGUAAACAGCAUGGAAACCGCAACAUCUGCUGUCUCAAGCACUUAAAAAAGGCUACAGUUCAGGUGUUACUGGAUGACUUAACCACAUGGACAUUUAGGGGCUGACUUGUGUUGUGAUUAUUCCAAUUGUGGGCUUUGGAGAAGCAGAGGGAUGAUUUUCAGUUGUGUGGGUGUUAAGUCUAUGGAUUGGGAAUUUACCACUGAAAUUGAUCGUUCAAAGUGUGAUUUCAUAGUAGGGCCAGCUCCUCCUAAGUUGUCCUUUUGUUUUUCACAUAAAAUACAUCUGGUACUUUUUACUUGGAAAGUUGUACUAUGUCCAUGAAAAUGGUUAAAUGAGAAGGCCACCAAGAUUCAUUUAAUAGCUGAAAAGCAAUUUUUAAAAUAGAAUAGGACGAAUUUAACAUGGAAUGAUGUGACCUUCUAGGGAACUUUUUAUAGAGCGCUUACAUAGUGUAAUUGGGGAGAAUUUUGUCUUCCAUUUCCAUUCAACAGUAGCGAACUGGUGGUUUUAUAAAAUUAACAUUAUAGUAUGUUAUAUAAAUAAACAUUAUAUAAAAUGACAUUAAAGUAUAACUGUGAAAAAUUAAAGACUUGGAGUUAUCCACAACCUUUAUGUGCAAUAAGGAAAACUGCAGUAGGCCCCCGAAGUGCUGUCUUUCCCUAGCAUUUUACUCAACGUUUGCCUUUGUGUAUGUUUAGAUUGCUAUUGUAAAGCUAGCCAUGUGUGUUCCUGCCCUUUACUGAUAUUUAACACAUUUUCUCAAAGCUUUUUUUUUUAAACAACAAAACUCAAAAUAAAACAACUAACUAAC